GGCGGGGUCCCGGCUCUGUGCUCGCGCCCCUAGAGCGCCAGUCCCGGGCUGCAGGGAGCGCAGCGCGCGCGGCCCGGGCCCCGGCCACCGGACGCUCUACCGGACACGACCCUCCCUGGAGCUUGGACAGCUGCCCACCUUGGACACUGCACCGGACACUGCCCCCCACAGGGCUGGACACUACAACGGACAGUACUUCCCAGCUCCGGACAUUGCUCCCUCCUCCCCCUUGGGCCCUGGACGCUUUUCCCCCUCCCCCUCCGGGGGCCCAGACAUUGAGCCCCCCACAGGCUCUAGCUAACGACCCCUUGCACCCCAGCGCCAGACACUGCCUCCCCCCUGUCCCCUUUUCUCUUCCCCUCCUCCCGCCUCGUCUUUCCCCGGGUCGGGUCGGAGCCCCCCCAGUUUCUCCGACCCCCUGCAGCUCUGCCCCGGCUGCCCGCGCCCCCAUCCCCCGGCUGCUCGCCCGGAUGCCUCUCCCCGGGGGAUUGUGGUGGCUUCUCUGCUGCCGUCGAGGCUUUACUCUUCUGCAUCGGGACUACGGGGACGGCGAGCUUAGCGGGGACGGGGACGAGGACGAGGACGAGGAGACCUUUGAGCUACGGACCCCGAGUCCAGCGGGCGGCGGGAGGGUCGUGAGCGCUGAGUGCUGGGGCCAGAUGCGGGAGCUCCCGCCGCGGGGACCUGGGAAAGGGGGAGACGCCAUCCUCAGAUUGGGGUCCGUGGCUGGGAACCCACGGAGAGGGAGCUGGGGGCCACAACUCUUCGAGAACUCCUCGUCAUUACUCUGCCACUCAGGACAGAACUCUUGGCCCUCCCUGGGCCCUCUGGACGUGACACUGACUCAGCCUGUGAGGAGCGGACCUAUCUCAGACAGGCUGCAGAGCUGGGAAGAGACGCGGAGCCUCAUCCCGGAGAAGGGACAGCUGGAGGACGACACCGACGUCGUCGUGAAAGGUUGGCUGUACCGCGAGCCCCGCGGAGGAGGGGCGCGGCCCUGGUUGCCCCCGCGCCGGGCCUGGUUCGUGCUCACCCGGGACUCCCUGGACCAGUUCAGCAGCAGCGGGAAAGGGGCGCGGCGCCUCGGGAGCCUCGUGCUCACCAGCCUCUGCUCUGUGAUCGGCCCGGAGCGCAGGCCCAAGGAGACCGGUCUGUGGUCAGUGACCGUGUCUGGCCGGAAGCACAGCAUCCGGCUCUGCUCUCCGCGUCAGGCUGAGGCAGAGCGCUGGGGGGUGGCCCUGCGUGAAGUGAUCGCCUCCAAGGCGCCGCUGGAGACCCCCACCCAGCUGCUGCUCAGGGACAUUCAGGAGAGUUGCGGGGACCCAGAAGCUGUGGCACUCAUUUACCAUCGGAACCCCAUUCUGAGGCACACCAGCGGGGCCUUGUACGCCCCUCUCCUGCCUCUGCCCUACGGCGUCAGCACCCCAGGUCCCGGUUACGCACCCUUGCGCGAGGAGGCGGUGCGGCUGUUCCUGGCGCUGCAGGCCCUGGAGGGGGCGCGGCGCCCAGGGCCCCUGAUGCAGGGUGUACUCCAGACCUGCCGGGACCUGCCCGCGCUCCGCGACGAACUCUUCCUACAGCUGGCUAAGCAGACCUCGGGCCCCGCGGGCCCCCCCGGGCUCCCGGCUACCGAAGACCCCGCGGCCCUACGGUACUGGCAGCUCCUCACCUGCAUGAGCUGCACCUUCCGGCCUGGGGGAGCUGUACGGGGGCACCUCCUGGGACAUCUGGAGAGGACCGAGCAGGCGCUCCCGGACUCAGAACUGGCAGAAUAUGCGCGCUUCAUUCGCAAAGCCCUGGUCCGGACGCGCGGCCGAGAGCUGGUGCCCUCGCUGUCGGAGAUUUCUGCCCUGAGCCGUCGGCAAGAGCUGCUGUGCACGGUGCACUGUCCGGGGGCCGGUGCCUGCCCCGUGGCCAUAGACUCGCACACCACGGCGGCAGAGGUGGCUCGAGAGCUGGUGGGGCGGCUGGGCUUGGCCCGGAGCCGCAACGCAUUCGCGCUGUACGAACAGCGAGGGGCCCAGGAGCGAGCCCUGGCUGGGGGGACUCUAGUGGCCGACGUGCUCACCAGGUUUGAGAAUUUGGCGGCGGAAGAAGUCGGACUGGAGGACUCGUCCGACUCCAGCUGGAGACUGUGUCUGCGUCUUCACGGACCUCUGCACCCUGAGGGGCUGUCCCCAGACGGUCACGAACUGCCAUUCCUCUUUGAGCAGGCUCACGCUCUGCUGCUGCGCGGCCGACCUCCCCCGCCGGAUGACGCGCUGCGCGCCCUGGCGGCGCUGCGCCUGCAGAGCCUGCACUUGGACUUCUCCCCGAGGGCGCCCUUGCCUCGCCUGGACCGCUUGCUGCCGACCCCGGCCCCGCCUCGUGAAGACCCUACUCGCUCGAUCCCUAGGCCUCCCCACUCUGCCGCCCUGCUGGCCGGGGCUAUCUGGAGUCCGGGACUGGCCAAGAGGAGAGCGGAGCGGGCCCGGCGCGGCGGGGCGGGCCGCACAGCAGGAAGCUUGGCCCGAGAGGGAGGAGGUGGCGCAGGCACGGCGGCUGCUGUGCUGGGCGGCUGGAAGCGGCUACGGGGCAUGGGCCGAGCUGAGGCCAUGGCUGCCUACCUGGCUCUGGCGGCGCAGUGUCCAGGGUUCGGCGCUGCUCGGUAUGACGUUCUGGAGCUGAGCACGGAGCCUGGUGGGGGUGCUCCACAGAAGCUAUGCCUGGGCCUGGGAGCCAAGGCCAUGUCCCUCUCCCGACCCGGUGAGACAGAGCCCAUCCACAGUGUCAGCUAUGGCCAUGUGGCCGCCUGCCAGCUAAUGGGCCCCCACACCCUAGCAUUGAGGGUGGGAGAGAGCCAGCUCCUCCUGCAGAGUCCCCAGGUGGAAGAAAUCAUGCAGCUGGUGAAUGCCUACUUGGCCAACCCCUCCCCUGAGAGGCCCUGCAGCAGCCCUUCUCCUCCGUGCCAAGACCUGCCAGACACCUCCUCUCCCAGCCAGCACCCGGGCCUGGAGGAGCCCCAGGGACAGUCUGGCUGUUUGGGGCAGCUGCAGGAAUGAGCCUGCCAAGAGGUCAUGACCUGUCUCCAGCCUGGACCUGGACUGCUCUGAUAUUUGAGGGAACCAUGGACCCUUUUGGCCCUGCAGGGACAGGGCACACCCCACACCUGGCUGCAAUGGGUGCAGACAAUUUUCUAGUUUGUUUCUUAAUUUAUUUGUAGAAGAGAAGCAAAACCAAAAAAAAAAAACCAAAAAAAAAAAAAACCUUAUUUACAC